AUGGUUAAUUGUCAGCUAAACCUAUUAUUUUCGAUACAAGUCUUUGUAGUACUAAUGUACUUUAGAAUAUUUCUAGUCAUUGGCAAACCACAAGUGCCAUGUUACUUCAUAUUUGGAGACUCAUUGGUUGAUAGUGGUAAUAAUAAUCAACUUGUAACAACAAUUAAAGCCAAUUAUCCGCCUUAUGGAGCUGAUUUCGCGCAAGGUGUCACGGGGAGAUUCACCAACGGUCGUACCAUAGCAGAUAUUAUCGGGGAACUUCUGGGUUUCAAUGAAUACAUGCCCACAUAUGCCAGUAUAAUCGAUGAUCAGCAGAUCACUCGAGGUGUAAACUACGGUAGUGGUGGAUCUGGCAUUCGAGAGGAAACAGGUAGUCAUAUGGGGGAUCGAAUUAGCUUAGGAAAUCAAUUAAAGAAUCACCAUACAAUAGUUUCACGGAUCUUUCACUUGCAACAAAACACAACGUUUACCAAAGAAUACCUAAGAAAGUGCAUUUACAUAGUCAAUAUAGGAAGCAAUGACUACAUCAACAACUACUUAAAGCCAAACAUUUACGCCACAAGCCAUAUGUAUACAACGUACCAAUACGCAAACAUCCUUUUGCGGCAGUACUCUCGGCAUCUACAGCGUCUAUACGAUUUAGAUGCUCGAAAGAUUGCUGUUUUUGGUCUUGGUCAAAUAGGAUGCACCCCAGCUGAGAUAUCCAUCUUUGGCACAAACAAUGAACUGUGUGUUGGCUCCAUCAAUGAAGCGGUUAAUCAAUUUAAUCGCAAGCUUAAGCCUCUUGUUGAUGAGCUAAACUCCAAUAAUCCGGAUUCCAAGUUCACUUUCAUCAACCUUACAAGUAUUGCAUUACAACAACAAGGUCUUGGGUUUACAUAUGUUCCUUGUUGUAUAUUAAGGGAAGAUGCACAAUGUGCUCAAAGUAUUAUUUUAUGCCCGGUUCGGGACAGUUCUUUCUACUAUGAUGGUUUCCAUCUCACUGAAGUUGCUAACAAUAUAGCUGCAAGAUCAUCAUAUGUUGCAGUCAAGCCAACGGAUGCUUCACCAUAUGAUAUUAGGCAGUUGGUUAGAUUUUAA